UAAAAAAAAUUCUAGGGAACACGCUAAUCUCACAAUAAUACGAAAAAAUACAGUGUUAAUAAAUAAAUAAAUGUUCUUAAGAAAUGUUCUGAGAGUAACGCACACAAACUCCUAUAAACAAUAUUGUCUAUGACAUUUAACCGCAACACUGAAGAUAAAUGAAAGAAAUCUGAGGAAGACUUGCAAGUUUGUUUUUGGGUCAUACAGUAAGUGGUAUGGAGUGGAUAAUUUGUCUCAACGUGAUGGUUCUCUCCCAGAGGGUGCAAGAGUGCUGACCAUCCCAACACACCCGUCAAGGUUAACCUUCACCAUCACUAUUUAAACCUCUUCCAACGUUACCUCAACAUCAUUCACUAAGCCUCCACAAUAACGUCAACUAGUCAACAUGAUCACGAAGGCUGCUAUAACACUGGUGGUGUUAGGUGUAGCUAACACCUUCCCUAUUGACCCCUAUGGCGCCCCAUCACAGCAGUCUGCCUAUCAGCAGGAUGGCAUGCCAUACAACUUCCAGUACAACAUCAAGGACGACUACUCUGGCAAUGACUUUGGCCAAACUGAACAGUCUGAUGGGAACACUGUCACAGGAUCCUAUACCAUCCAACUCCCUGACGGCCGCAAACAGACGGUGAAUUACGUUGCCGACGACAACGGCGGGUAUCAGGCUCAAGUCAGUUACACCGGCGAGGCCCAGUACGCCCAGGUGACCGGUCCACCAGUCACCUUCAAGCCACAGCCCUCAUACCAACCCCAGCCAUCAUACCAACCCCAGCCAUCAUACCAACCCCAGCCAUCAUACCAGCCAUCGUACUGAGUGAACAGCAGAAGAAAUUAAAACUUUUAUAAUAAUGAAGUAACAUAUUCCAAUUCUCAUUGUAUGUUUUAUAAAUAAAGACCUAU